AUGUCAUCUAUGAGUGUCAAUUCACUCAUUGACAAAAACAGUGAAGAUGAAAAGCAACAACAACAACAACCUCAAGUAAAGUCAAUCCCACAGAAAAGAUCAUCUUCUAAUGAUGUGGAAGAACUACAACCUCCUUUUCAAGGACACAAUACAGCAUCUCCUUCUCAUUCAACAACAACAACAGCACCAACAAUUCCAUCACUAAGGAGAUUAAGUGAGUCUUUACCACAUCCACCCCUGAAACAAGAAGAACUUUCAAGAUCUCCUCGAAAACCAAUCAAUGAUCCGGGAUUAUUGGCUUUAUUGGGGCCAAAUGUCACAGCAUUUCCAUUUUCAGAGGAGUCUUUCCAAGAUGCAUUGAAAUUAAGAGCAGAACAAGAACGAACAAAACAGGAAUAUUAUAGAGUGGAGACUGCAAAUAAAAAUCUUGCCAUCUUACAAACUGCAUUAAGAGCACAAAUCCCAAUUAAUUUAAUACCGUUGAUGUGUGUUGGAAAAGUACCUGAAUUGACAGAAGAACAAAUGAAAAUGAUGUUGCAACAACCUUUACCACAACCACCCAUUGCUUCAACACAACAUUUUCAGCCACAAGGUCAACCACCACCACCGCAACAACAGCAGCAAAUACCUCAAUCACAACCACAGCAUCCACCUCAGCAACCUCCACAACAAUUUGUACCGAUUGUACAACAACAACAACAACAAGGACCUCCAGUAUUCAUGCAACCAGGACUACUGCAAGAACAACAAAUUCAAAUUAUCCAAGCCAAUCAAAAAAGAAUGCAACAGGAAUUACAACAACAAGGUGGAGUUUUGACUCAGACAAGCCCGUUCCAGAAGGCCCACAGAAGAAGUGCAAGUAGUGGUGGCAGUGGGAGUGGAUCGAUUUCACAACAAGAUGCAUUCAACGUAGCUGGAGGUCCUCCACUAGGAUUUAGAUUUGGUGCCGGAAGUUCUGGCAACAGAAGACCAUUGUCACCCGCAAAAAUUGGUGCUGCUGCGGUUGCUAAUUUGGCAACACCAACAACACCUUAUCGUGGGUAUGCAUCAGCAUCUUCUUCAGCAAGAAAAAUCCCAUCUCAUCACCGUCAUAGUUCUCUUCCUGUGGAGACUCCCAAUCGGCAGCCUAUUAUAGAUUUAAAUGCCGCAGACCCAAAUAAAGGUGUUACAUCUUUACAAUCCCCUCUAGUUGGAUCUACAUCUACUAUACAAGUGAAACCAAUACCGGCUCAACCAUUACACAAGCAAAGUAAACUGCAUGUCCAACCACUGCAAGAAUCGAUGACUUCGUUUCAGCAUGUGAUCCAAUUUCAUCACUGGAAACCAACUACUAGCCAACCAGGUUUAAGUAGUUCCAGUGGUAGUCCUACAAGAACACAUUCCCAUAAGAGAAGAAAGUCGUCAAUUACAAGUACGCCUAUCCAGGAAUCAUCACCUAUAUCACCAAUGAAAUCCAGACCUGAUGACCCAAUCAAGGAGCCAGAACAAGAGAAAAUAGACGCUGAACAAGAGUUGGCAUCAUCCACACCAAAAGCAACGACAUCUGAUUUGGCUAGUAAAGAUGAUGAUACAGUGGACCCGGAUACUUCAAUGGAAAGUUCAAUUAGUGAUACAACUGCUCUGAAAGUCGACGUUGAAGCGAAUCCUCCUAAAGCUCACCGUCGUAACAAACUGACUUUUGGAUCAAAAAACCCAUGA